CUGAGCUCCGCCGACGUCAUUACCAACAGCGAGGUACAUCCAGUCCGAAGGUGUCUGAUUACCUCGAUCGACCCAUCUACUCGGUUCGGAGAUUCUACCCCGAAGUGGAUGUCUGUCGUGAUGAGCAUCAAGCUCGAAGUCGAGGAACAGGAUAUAUCACUAGCUUCCCCCGAUCCGAACCUGCCACCUUCUUUUGACCAUAGCCACACGAACAUCACCCAGCUUGAAGAUCAAAUAGACUCGGAUACCCAGUACACAGUCGAGGAUAUCCUUGUCGCCUUUGCGCCGCCGUCAGUUAGUCAGGAGUCUCAUCCUUCCCGCAGACCGUCAUCAACCAUGUCGUCGUCGCGUUCCGGCCGUUCGGGAGGGUCAUCAAGCCACCACCGUAGCUCCAAGAGUAGCAAGAAACCAAGGGCGGUUCAACGCUCAAUCCAACAGCUCAUCGAGUCCCUAGAGACGCACAGAGUCAACACCCUCACAGAGCUCUGCCGCAUCGAGCGCGUGGCGGCUACCUGCGAGAACGAAGAAGACGCCCUGGCCUUCCAAGGUCCCAUGACCGCCGCCUGGGACUACUAUGUGAACAGCAACCAGUUUCUCACAGAACUCCGCGGCCUGACGCGGAGCUACCCCCUCUGCAGCGACCUCCUCUACGACGCCCACGUCCGCGUGCGCAACGAUCCCAAUUCGAACAAGAGCUGGAACCUAGCCUGGUUGUGUCUCGUCAAGAUUCAGGAAGAUGAUCUCGUUUCCGGAUACGCGGCCCUGGAGGCCACCAAGCCCGAGAUGUGGGGAGGUCGCGAGCCGUCCACCGAUGAGGCGGCCCAGCUCGGCGCCUGCUUCGAAUAUGAAUGGAACAAGGCCGUCGACACGAUGUUGCGGCACUGGUCCGUUCCCCCGACGUGGUUUUAGUCUGUGCCGUGGGGGACUCACAAUCAUGAUGAGCCGGCCUACAUGAGCAUGACACUUCAAUAGACGGAUGGAGAAAGAUUUACGGCACGCAUCUUACGG